AUGCUCCACGAAAUCCUCCUCUCGCUCUCCGGGCACCCGUCCGCGCUCUUCGAUGCCCCCGACCACGUGACGUCGACCACCCAGUCACUGCUGCAUCCGUCUGAAAAGGAACUUUUGUCCUCAAUAGGACAUUUAUCGCAACUGCAUCGGGAUACGCGCGAUCAUGUUGCUAAGAUUGCCGCUUCUCAUCCUUCCAUCAUCUGCAGGGCAGUUGCUACGUCAAUCACCUCACACCAUCUUGAGCAGUUUCAGCGCAAGAUCCUUGAAGUUGAGAGCCGUAUUCUCAAACAGGACUCUACUACUGUCGGCGCAUACAACAUUGUGCCGCUCGCAGGCGUGGUCAGCGAGUUUUCCGAAUGGGUCAGGCUGAUGACAUGGCUCUGGACCAUCAGCAACUACAUGCCACCUUCGGAUGCUACUUCUAAGAGCGAAAACAUCACAUCAAAAGCUGCUUCUGGAGCUGCAAUCAUAGACAAGCUGAGAACCGAGGCUCAGACAGGGUUUCCUGAUAUUGCAGAGGCAGCACAUGGCCUGAGCAAGGUCGCGGAAACUUCGUGGCUACGGCAGCUAUCCACAUGGCUGUUGUAUGGCCGCCUUCCUUCGUUUGGUCGUUCAGAUUUCUUCAUCCAGCAAGAUGAUGGAGAUGCAGAUGAGCAGAUUUUCAUGCUGCAGAACAAAUUGCUACCCAAGUUUGUAACGAGGCAGACGGCUCUUUCUAUCCUCUUCGUUGGCAAGUCCCUUAACCAGAUCCGCUCGUUACCGUCGGCUGUAAAAGCAUCAAACGCAGCAAAUUCAGCGUCAGAACUUGAUUUGCUACCCAAGCACGUUCAACAUCUCGCGGGAGUGAGCGUGCCAGUUGUAGCCUCGCAACUAUCCGAGGCUGUCGCAAACAUUCGCUUGUCUUUGUCAAGAAACCUUUUACAGCACCUGCUUCCUCGCGAAAAGAUUAUAGAGACAUUGAACGUUCUAUAUCAAUUUUUCCUCAUUGGUCGGGGCGAGUUUGCUCUCACCUUGAUCGCAGAGGCGGAUGACAAGAUGUCAUCUCGACACCGAGGCCAACUGGCAGCAAAAUCUAGCCAAUCUGUAAAGGGCGUGUUGCUAAAGGAAGCAGAGAUCAGUCAGAUCCUCGCGCGCUCCUUGUCCAUUCUUUCAACCUUAUCCAGCGAAGAUGAAUCCACAGAUGAUAUCCUGGACGUGGCAACGCAGCUACUUCAUCUCAGUGUGAACACCUCGUCAACUCAACGGCCCGGAACCCCAGGCCGUGCAAAGGACACAGAAUCUGCGCUUCCACAGCUCCCCAAUGCAGCAUUCGAUGAGCUACUGCUGUCAGUGCCAACAUCUCUCACCAUGGACAUCCAUUCACCACUCGAUUUGUUCGUAACCAAGACAGACCUUGAUGUCUACUCAACGAUCAAUUCUUGCCUGCUUGCAGUUCGAAGAGCCCAUCUACACUUGGCGGAGCUAUGGAGGUACAGCUCGAUACGAAGAGACUACCCAUGUCCCCCAGGCUACCAAUUCAGCAACUCUGCACACGGCAAAGCAAUCCUCAAGAGACGUCGCCAACGAGCUGCAAAGCGAGCUCAAGAUAUGCGACGAAUCUGGGCGACAUGUGCAGCCGCCAUCUUCUUCUUGGCGGAAAGCGAAGCCUACUUCCACGGAACCGUUGUCCAACAAACCUUCACCCACUUCAUCACCUGGGUAACAGGACCCCAGAGCAAUUCCUCCACAGAAGCCUCCUCACGCCCUGCUACAUCCUCCGGCUUCCGCAAAUCCGCAACAGACGGGGGCGCACACCAACAACACGACCCCGAAGCCCUAGCAUCAGCACACCGCCGCUUCCUCUCCUCCAUCGCAUACUCCCUCCUCCUCACAGACCAAGCCUACACAAAGGCCCUCCGCACACUCUGCACGCACGUCGACGAACUCGUAGCCUACAUCACGCGCCUCACCAAGAUCCAACAAAGCCUCGAUCUCGAAGAAGACGAGGGCGUGGAGGACUAUGUGCAAAACUACAAGAAGGAAGAAGGGCAGGUUGCCGUGGAAAUGGAUCGUGCGAGGAGGAGGUUGGAUAGCGAUCUCAAGGCGCUGGUGGAGCGGCUAAGAGAAAUUGAUAGUGAGAGGAUUGGUGCUUCUGCGCCUGGUACGGCGAAUGCGGCGAGUAUGGAGGAGGGCGCGUAUGAGCCGUUGAGGGUGGGGGGGAUUGAUCGGUUGUUGAUGAAGUUGGAUUGGAGUGGUGAGGACGAAGAGGAGGAGACGGAGGAUUUGCUGUGA